GCAUGAACGUUUGGAUGAAAAUACGGAAUAAAUAAAAUGUGGUUAUAUACUAAUAACAAUAUUAAAAAUUGUAUAUAGUUAUAUACUCCAAUACUCCAUAGUCCAUACUUCAUACUUCAUAGCCAUUAGAAUUCUACAGCGAUUUCCAACAUAAAUAAAUAAAAAUAAUUAUAAUACACAACUUUACAAGUUUAGAGUUGUUAUUUCUUGAGAGUUUAUCAAAAUUCAUGCUAAUUUAGAUAAUUUACUAUAUCAGAGUACCAAAGUUGGUUUGCAAAAAUAAAUAUGUCUGCUUUUAACAAUUCCAGUACUAGUACUGACCAAAAUGAUCCAAAUAAAGACAAAUCAAAAACUCCAAGAUCUAAAGACAUGCAUUUACCCAUAUCAAGAGUACGUACCAUCAUGAAAAGCACACCAGAUAUUGAAAACAUAGGAUUACCGUCAUUGCACGUUGUCACUAAAGCAACGGAGCUUUUUAUUCAAAAACUGGCACAAGAUGCUCUCAAAGGACAAAGACACUUCAGACAUUUAGAUUAUAAUGAUCUUGCCAGAGCUGUCGAAGAUAAUGAAAAUAUGUAUUUUCUUAGAGAGGUUUUACCUAAAAAAAUUACUAUGGCUGAAUACUAUAAAUUGGUUGGGAAAGAGUCUUCAGAGGAUGGCGAGGAUGGCGAGGACAAUGAUAACAGUUCUCAAACGUCACAUUCUUCAUCAUCAUCAGUAUCAUCAGACAAUUAAUCUUUUAAUAUAUUGUAUUCCUUAACAGUUAACAAUCAUUAUGUGUAGUUACAUUGUUUUUUUUUUUUUUUUAAUUUUUCUACUUAUAAAUUAUUGUAAUAUUAAAUAUUAACUUUCAAGUUA